AGAACCAGUCGCGCCCGCCCCGCCUCCCGCUCGCGUCUCCCGCAAGGUGGAGGCGGCGCAGCGGUCGUUGACCUGUUGGCGGCGGCCGGGCGGGAGGCUGUGGGCCGCGGCGGUCUCCCGGGGUUGAGGGGAGGAUGCAGGAGUCACACGCGGAGGCCAGACUGGACUAAGGGGGCAGGAGCGGCGACUGGGGCGCUGCGGCGGGGCUCUAGACCGCGGGAAGCCAGUGCUAGCGCUGGCGCGUGGUGGGCCCCUGAGGCCGCCGGAGUCCGGAGAGCUACGGCGGAACCCGCGGCGCCAGGCCUGAGCGGUGGGAGGGCUCUGCGGGGCCUGGUGUUCAGGCGUCCCACCACGAGGGUGGAGCAGCGUUGGAUACUUGUUCCUUAGGGACCGAAGGCUCCGGUGACACCCGGGCUAUUUCUCAGAGGACAAUUAGUAACGUGUCGCCAUGAGGAGCCGGAGUAACUCCGGGGUCCGGCUGGACGGCUACGCUCGACUGGUGCAACAGACCAUCCUGUGCCAUCAGAAUCCAGUGACUGGCUUGCUUCCAGCCAGCUAUGAUCAGAAAGAUGCUUGGGUCCGAGAUAAUGUGUACAGCAUCUUGGCUGUGUGGGGUUUGGGCCUGGCCUAUCGGAAGAAUGCAGACCGGGAUGAGGAUAAGGCAAAGGCCUAUGAAUUGGAGCAGAGUGUAGUGAAGCUGAUGAGAGGACUACUGCACUGCAUGAUCAGACAGGUGGAUAAAGUAGAAUCCUUCAAAUAUAGUCAGAGUACUAAGGAUAGCCUCCAUGCAAAGUACAACACCAAAACCUGUGCCACUGUAGUGGGUGAUGAUCAAUGGGGACACCUGCAGUUGGAUGCUACCUCUGUGUACCUGCUCUUCUUAGCCCAAAUGACUGCCUCAGGACUCCAUAUCAUCCACAGCCUAGAUGAAGUCAAUUUCAUACAGAACCUUGUGUUUUACAUUGAAGCUGCAUAUAAAACUGCUGACUUCGGGAUAUGGGAACGUGGAGACAAGACCAACCAAGGGAUCUCAGAGUUGAAUGCCAGUUCAGUUGGAAUGGCAAAGGCAGCCCUGGAAGCAUUAGAUGAACUAGAUCUGUUUGGUGUGAAAGGUGGGCCUCAAUCAGUUAUCCAUGUCCUGGCUGAUGAAGUACAGCACUGCCAGUCUAUCCUAAAUUCACUACUGCCCCGUGCUUCAACAUCAAAAGAGGUUGAUGCUAGUCUACUCUCAGUGGUUUCCUUCCCUGCCUUUGCAGUAGAGGAUAGCCAGUUGGUGGAGCUCACAAAACAGGAAAUCAUCACCAAGCUUCAGGGUCGUUAUGGUUGCUGUCGCUUUCUACGAGAUGGAUAUAAAACUCCUAAAGAGGAUCCCAAUCGUCUGUACUAUGAACCAGCUGAGCUGAAGCUAUUUGAAAACAUUGAGUGUGAAUGGCCAUUGUUCUGGACAUACUUUAUUCUUGAUGGGGUCUUCAGUGGCAAUGCAGAACAGGUUCAAGAAUAUAGAGAGGCUCUUGAAGCAGUCCUCAUCAAGGGCAAAAAUGGAGUCCCACUUCUGCCAGAGCUGUACAGUGUUCCUCCUGACAGGGUCGAUGAAGAAUAUCAGAAUCCUCACACUGUGGACCGAGUCCCCAUGGGGAAAUUGCCUCACAUGUGGGGUCAGUCUCUAUACAUUUUAGGAAGCUUGAUGGCAGAGGGAUUUUUAGCCCCUGGAGAAAUUGAUCCCCUGAAUCGCAGGUUUUCUACUGUACCGAAGCCAGAUGUUGUGGUUCAAGUCUCCAUUCUAGCUGAAACAGAAGAAAUCAAGACCAUUUUGAAGGACAAGGGAAUUUACGUGGAGACCAUUGCUGAGGUAUACCCCAUCAGAGUACAACCAGCUCGUAUUCUCAGCCACAUUUAUUCCAGCCUAGGAUGCAACAAUAGAAUGAAACUCAGUGGACGACCCUACAGACACAUGGGAGUGCUUGGAACUUCAAAACUCUAUGACAUUCGGAAAACUAUCUUUACUUUCACUCCACAGUUUAUAGACCAGCAACAGUUCUACCUGGCUCUGGACAACAAGAUGAUAGUGGAAAUGCUUAGAACAGACCUCUCCUACCUCUGUAGCCGCUGGCGGAUGACAGGCCAGCCCACCAUCACCUUCCCCAUCUCACACAGCAUGCUUGAUGAAGAUGGAAGAAGCUUGAAUUCAAGUAUCCUGGCAGCACUCCGAAAAAUGCAAGAUGGCUAUUUUGGUGGGGCAAGGGUUCAAACAGGUAAAUUGUCAGAGUUUUUGACAACAUCUUGUUGCACACACUUGAGCUUCAUGGACCCUGGACCUGAGGGUAAGCUGUACAGUGAAGAUUAUGAUGACAACUACGAUUACCUGGAAUCUGGCAACUGGAUGAAUGAUUAUGAUUCAACCAGUCAUGCUCGCUGUGGUGAUGAAGUUGCUCGUUAUUUAGAUCAUCUUUUGGCGCACACUGCUCCCCAUCCUAAACUAGCCCCUACCUCACAGAAGGGAGGGCUAGAUCGGUUCCAAGCUGCUGUGCAAACAACCUGCGACUUAAUGUCCUUGGUGACCAAGGCCAAGGAACUGCAUGUACAGAAUGUUCACAUGUAUCUUCCUACGAAGUUAUUUCAGGCUUCCCGGCCUUCAUUCAACUUACUUGAUUCACCUCAUCCCCGACAGGAGAACCAGGUUCCCUCUGUUCGUGUAGAAAUACAUCUUCCUAGAGACCAGUCUGGGGAGGUGGACUUUAAAGCACUGGUUUUACAGUUGAAGGAGACCUCAAGCUUACAGGAACAAGCUGAUAUCCUCUAUAUGCUGUAUACUAUGAAAGGACCUGACUGGAACACUGAAUUGUAUAAAGAAGGGAGUGCUACAGUGAGAGAGCUUCUUACCGAGCUGUAUGGCAAAGUGGGAGAAAUUCGUCACUGGGGCCUGAUCCGAUACAUUUCUGGAAUCUUAAGGAAGAAAGUGGAAGCACUUGAUGAGGCCUGCACAGACCUUCUCUCCCACCAGAAACAUUUGACAGUAGGACUUCCUCCAGAACCUCGAGAAAAGACUAUCUCUGCACCUCUGCCCUAUGAGGCGCUCACUCAGCUGAUAGAUGAAGCCAGUGAAGGGGAUAUGAGCAUUUCAAUCCUUACACAGGAAAUAAUGGUGUAUCUAGCCAUGUAUAUGCGAACCCAGCCUGGCCUCUUUGCUGAAAUGUUUCGACUUCGAAUUGGUCUGAUCAUACAAGUUAUGGCAACAGAACUGGCCCACUCCCUUCGAUGCUCAGCUGAGGAAGCCACAGAGGGCCUGAUGAAUCUCAGUCCUUCGGCCAUGAAGAAUCUCCUGCAUCACAUUCUCAGCGGCAAGGAGUUUGGAGUGGAACGAAGCGUUCGUCCCACUGAUUCAAAUGUCAGUCCUGCUAUUUCUAUCCACGAGAUUGGUGCUGUUGGAGCAACCAAAACAGAACGAACUGGGAUCAUGCAGUUAAAAAGUGAGAUAAAGCAGGUGGAAUUUCGUAGACUGUCAAUCUCAGCUGAGAGUCAGUCACCUGGAACCUCUAUGACUCCAAGUAGUGGGUCCUUUCCUAGUGCAUAUGAUCACCAGUCAUCUAAAGAUAGUCGUCAAGGUCAAUGGCAACGCCGAAGAAGGCUGGAUGGGGCACUGAAUAGAGUUCCAGUUGGAUUUUAUCAGAAAGUAUGGAAAGUUUUGCAGAAGUGUCACGGACUUUCUGUUGAAGGGUUUGUCCUUCCUUCUUCUACCACUAGAGAGAUGACUCCAGGUGAGAUUAAAUUCUCUGUUCAUGUGGAGUCUGUCCUGAAUCGUGUACCUCAGCCAGAGUACCGCCAGCUGCUGGUUGAAGCCAUCCUUGUCCUCACCAUGCUGGCAGAUAUUGAAAUUCAUAGCAUCGGAAGCAUCAUUGCUGUGGAAAAAAUAGUGCAUAUUGCCAAUGACUUGUUCCUUCAAGAACAGAAAACCCUUGGCGCAGAUGAUACCAUGUUGGCAAAGGAUCCCGCAUCUGGCAUCUGUACUCUUCUGUAUGACAGUGCACCCAGUGGCAGGUUUGGCACCAUGACCUACCUCUCCAAGGCAGCCGCCACCUACGUGCAGGAGUUCCUGCCCCACAGCAUCUGUGCCAUGCAAUGAGGGCUUUGGUUCCUGACUUCUGGGAGCCUUUUGACAGCUGGUCCCUGCCUCGGUUGAUUGUGCAUGGAACUAAAAUGUUAUUGCCUAAUCACUCCAACCCUGCCCCUUUCUGUCCCAUCCUUCCCAAGAAGAGAGAACUUUUUCGAUAAACUAACUACUGUAGAAGAAGUGAACACUUACCUGGAGGCUCACCUUGCAGAACCAGUGACAAUCUUAUGAGUAUAAUGAACACUCAACCAGGCCUGUCAUGAUUGGCUUUAUUUCUUUCAUCAUUCAUAAAAGUUUGCAUGUGUUUUUAUUCUCUAGAUCUGUUACCAAUAUAGUUUUCUAACUCCUGUUUGGGGAGCAAGUGUUAAUAAUAACUUAUUCCUAAAGCUUGGUUUUUCUUUUUUGUGAUUUUAUUGUGUAUAUGAGUGGUGGGUACUUUGGGACAUUAUUUCAAAUGAGUAAACUCUAAAUUGUUAAAUAUUUAUGCUGCUAUAAAUUAGAAUUACCUAUUCUACGUGCCUUUUCUUAGGAAAAGAGAGUACUGGAUCAUGGUUUUCUUCCUUACUUACAGGUUGCUUCACACUGAGUGAUAAUUUAAAAUUGUUUCUAUGUAGAAUCAUUGUAUCUACUGUUGCCCUCUCUGUGUCUGCACACAUAAUGCCUCUCUCACUUUGGUGAAAUAUCAAAAAAAUGCAAGUACAGCAUGCAUAUUUAAGAAUUUCUGAACUAACACUUGAAAUCACAUUUUAUAAAGAUUGUUGGUACUCAGAGUCGUAUUUGCAGCAGAAAAUGCAGAAUAACCCAGAAAUGGAGCCCGGAGCCCAAUUCCAGAGAGGAAGGGAAAGAAGAGACGAUGCCUGGACAAUGUCUUAUACAUAGGGAACAGAGAGGG